UUAACUAGUUUAUCUACCUAACACAUAACACACCUUAUCCAAUAUUUCUCUCUACCGCCUUCUUUUCCAUCGCAUCAUCUUGUAGCCUUCCUAUUUGCAUCUACUACUCCGGGUUCUAAUCUUCGUGUUUCGUGUUCAAAUAUUCAUCUCCAGCCUCUUCGCCGCUAAUUCCGACGCUGCUCAUACCUCAAUGCUUCGUUGUCAUCGACCAUUAUCCUAAACUUUACCAUGGCGAAUUCCGAUCAGGAAAGAAGCGCAACACCGCAGCCUGGAGCCUCUUCUGGUGUGCAAUUAUCAUCCUCUCCAACUUCCGGUCGUAUGUAUGGAACUUCGGCGCCUCGCGCUGAUGUUACCGCUCGCUUGGCUUCCCCCGUACCGUCUUAUGCUUUCGGAACUCCGCCAUCUCAACGACCUCAGGGUGCAGCUCGAAACGAAGAAAUCGUUGAGAAUGUAGGUCCACUUGCCGGUGCUGGUCAGAGUUCUAUGGGCCCCGGAGUGUCUGCUCUCGCUGCAGCGCUUUCAAAUUCUAUAGGGACAUCACCCCCAAGAUUUGGCACUCCACCGAUACGAUCUUCAUCGCCGGCGGGAACUGGUUCGGGGCUACAGCCAUCCAUAACGCCAACCAACUAUGGCUCCUUCGAAACAAGGUCGAGACACUUGCAGGGCGGCGCUUUGGGCGCCUACGAAGAUCCCGAGAUUAUCAAGCGGCAUUUAGUCCAACCUACCGACACUACGGAUUCUGCAUCCAACAAUGGUGACAAUUCCAAAGGCAAGCAGGUCGGCGAUUCCGUGGGGCCGGGGCGCGACGAUGAAGAAUUCUCUAGUCUUAAGUUACAGGGAGGAGAUAUAACGCGCCAGAUCUAUAAAUGGACUGAAGACGCAGAAGGCCGUAACCGACCUCAGCGCAGCAAGAGUUUCAGCCAACCUAGGGACGAGCCCGAGAGUGAAGUCCUCGAUAUAAACACCAUCAAGGUCCCCGGCGGAUUUAGGCGGAACUAUCUGAGGAGAGCGGCGCGUAGCCCGCACCUAGACUCUGAUGGAUUAGGAGCUGGGGAAGGGACGUCGAGGGGGAGGCGAGAACCUCAGUUACUUACCAGCAAUUUCUUGGAGUUUUUGUCUAUCUAUGGCCACUUCGCAGGUGAAGAGCUGGAAGAGGACGACGAAGUAUUGGGUCCUGGCGAGUACUUCUCUUCUGGAGAGAGCGACGAUUUCUACGAUAGUGAAGAAGAGAGAGAGCCGAUGGAAGACAGUGCCCUGCUGACACCAUCUAAGCGCAAGAGGAGACGAAGGGUUCGUGGUGGUAGCGGGAAUAAUACCCCCUUUAAUGCGGCCCUACUCCUCCUGAAAUCGUUUGUGGGCACGGGUGUUUUGUUUCUGCCUCGUGCUUACUUCAACGGUGGUAUGCUUUUCAGCAACUUGGUUCUAAUCUUCGUUGCGGCGUUGAGCUACUACUGCUUCGUGUUGCUUGUUACUACACGAUUAAAAGUCGAAAGGUCAUUUGGUGAUAUCGGUGGAAUUUUAUAUGGCGAUUGGAUGAGAAAACUGAUCUUGUUUUCGAUCGUCAUUAGCCAAAUCGGAUUUGUCGCUGCAUACAUUGUAUUCACGGCUGAAAAUCUACAGGCCUUCAUUCUUGCCGUUUCCGACUGCAACACAAAUAUUCGAAUUACCUGGCUGAUCCUGAUGCAAAUGAUCAUCUUCUUGCCGUUCUCUCUGUUCCGAGACAUCGGGAAGCUUGGUUUCACAGCUUUAAUAGCGGAUGCCUUUAUUGUCAUCGGCCUUGCGUACCUUUUCUACUAUGACAUCCUUACCCUAAGUACACACGGCAUAGCAGAUAUCAUUCAGUUUAACCAAAAGGAUUGGACACUCUUCAUCGGUACCGCCAUUUUCACAUUCGAAGGAAUCGGUCUUAUUAUCCCCAUUCAGGAAUCGAUGAGGUCGCCGUCCAAGUUCCCUAAGGUCAUGUUCUACGUUAUGAUAAUCAUCUCCGUCCUUUUUAUUACCAUGGGUGCGGUAUCUUAUGCCGCGUACGGGUCGAAGACGGAGACAGUUGUUCUCCUCAAUCUACCUCAGGACAACAAGCUCGUCAACGGUGUCCAGUUCUUAUACUCACUCGCUAUUCUUCUAUCAACACCCCUGCAGAUUUUCCCAGCUAUUCGUAUUACGGAGAACGCCCUCUUCACAAAAAGCGGCAAGUACAACCCGUACAUUAAGUGGCAGAAGAAUAUGUUCCGUUUCUUGGUUGUCUUCCUCUGCGCGUUCAUUGCAUGGGGAGGCGCGGACGAUCUGGACAAGUUCGUUGCUCUCGUCGGAAACUUCGCCUGUAUCCCUCUCGUGUAUAUCUACCCCCCGCUGCUUCAUUAUAAGGGGGUAGCGAGAAGCAGGACGCGGAAGGUAACCGACAUCCUUCUCUGCAUUUUCGGAUUCAUAGCAAUGGCAUAUACCACUAGUUUGACGGUGAUCAGCUGGGCUAGCGGUCCUUCCGGCCCAAGCCUACCGAAGUACUGCGACCCUCAUAAGCUAUAAUACCCUGAGAGGGUGGAGGAAUGAUGGGAUAGCUGUGUAUUAUAUCUUGCAUUGGCAGCGUUGGGAGAUUGAUGCAACAGAAUUAGAAAUAUUUUAUCCUCGUAAGAGAUGAGCUUUUGAUAUACCUAUGUUGAAAUAGAGCUCGCAUGGCUUUUUAACAUAGGUACCUACCCAUCUAGGGUUUGGGAUUGCUUCGUUAUGGGUGCAAAUGCCUCUAAGUUGUUAUACGUCUGUUGACUGGGUAUCUGCGUGUGUGUGUAUGGUUAGAUUUCUGAAAAUAGGGGAGCAUGGUCUACUAAAAUAUAAUUGCAUCUAUCAGAA